AUAUGGCGCAACCAGGAGCGAAUGGUUUUGGCCAGUAUCAUUGUAACUACUGUCAAUCAGACUGCACUACCUUGCGUGUGAAAUGCGCAGAAUGUCAAGAUUUUGAUCUUUGUGUCCAGUGUUUUUCAUCUGGGGCAGAGAUGGGAAACCAUGUUCGAGAUCAUAAUUAUCAAUUAAUUGACAAUGGAACAUUUCCUCUGUUUAUUGAAACAUGGAGUGCAGAGGAAGAAAUGUUGCUUCUUGAUGCUGUAGAACAACAUGGUCUUGGCAACUGGGUUGAUAUUGCAGAUCAUAUUGGCACAAAGACUCUUAGUGAGACAAAAGCCCAUUACAAUGGAGUUUAUAUAGAUGGACAUGUUGGAAAAGCAACCAUUCCUGAGUUUGUUUGCAAAAUAACAGACCAUACAUCAACUUCGACAGGUGAACUUUCUCCCACUUUAACACAUCCUCCAGAAAUACUCGACAUUAGUUUAGUUGAACAGCAGGAUCUUGGAUAUAUGGCACUUCGAGAUGAUUUUGAUAAGGAACAUGAUAAUGAUGCAGAGACGUUAAUUAGCAAUAUACAACAAUCUUCAGAGGACGAUGAUUUAGAGCUGGCAAUGAAGGAAGCCAUGGUUGAUAUGUAUAUCGAGAGAUUAAAAGAAAGACAGCAUAGAAAAACUAUCGCGAGGGAACAUGGUUUGAUUGCUAGUAAACAUAAAAUCACAGCAUCAAGACGAAAGCUUACCAAGAGCGAUAGAGAAUUUCGUGAUGCAACCAGAGUGUUUGGUCGUCUUCAGCCAGCUGAAGAUUGGGAGAGAUUUCUGAACAAUCAUUCAAGACAAAGAGAAUUACAAUGUCAAAUCAAAGAAUUGAUGCAGUACAGAAAGAACGGUGUUACAAAGUUGUCUGCUUGUCGAGAAUACGACGAGCUGAAGUUGAGACGGGACAAAGAAAAGGAAAAUCGCAAAAAGCAGGAUACUUCCUCACAAAGACGCACGAACGCAAUUGGAAGAAAAGAGACGAAAGUCGAUAGAAAAAAGAUCGAAAGAAAAGGUCCUAUUACCUGUCCUGAACUUGCCAACUCUUGCCUAGGGAUUGAACUCCUGUCGUUGAGAGAGAAACAGCUUUGCAACUCGCUGCAAAUAAAGCCGAUGUUUUAUAUCACAAUGAAAGGAAUUGUUUUAAAGGAUCAUUCGUUACGAAGACGCGGCAAUACCGUAAAAACCCGUUACCCUUCCUGCAUUGGAAAAUUGCAACGUAAACGCCUUCUGCUGUUUUUUAAGCAAUGUGGAUGGCUUAAACUUAGCUAGAAACGACAUUUCAGUGCUUUAAAACGUAUUAAUAUGUGACAUGUUCUAUUCACUGGCUGGUGUGAACAAUCAAACCCUCGUUGUCCACUUCUAUUCGAUGUACUGUAUAUGAACCAUUUGUCUAUAAACGAACAAAAAAUUUAUUUAUAGGAUAAAAUUAAUACUGUAUGAAUAAGUAUACUUAAAACAGAUAUAACCUCAUAAGAAAGUUUUUUCAAUAUCCCUUCAA